AUGCCAAAACACAUGCACACCGGCGGCCGCGCCCUCAGCACGAGUCUCCGCUCCAGGCUGUCCGACGACAGCUACAGGCAAAAGGGCCGCACGAUUGUCGUGUCCGACGGCUACCUCUCUGACGAGGACGAGGUCGACGACAGGACCAGCGGCGUCGGCGAGGGAGAGUACCGGGACGAAGAAUCCAGCUGGGACGGCGACAUCUCUUACCUAGCACGAUACGACUCCCUAGACUUUCUGGCUGCCGACGCACAGGAGCGCCGAGCGAGCGAGUCCGACGCGUCGUCGCUGCAUGUGACUACAUCCACCACCACGCAGCACCGACCCGCUCCGUCUACAUGCCGCGGCUUCGUCGUCAUGGCCGUCCUCUGCGUCCUCGUCUAUCCGCUCCUGUCGCAGGUGCUGCGGCGCGCCAACUUGACACUGCAACCCCGUGCUGCCUGGGCGAGCAGUUACAAUCCUAACACCAACAACAACAACAACAACAACAACAACAACAACAACAACAACAACAACAACAACAACAACAACAACAACAACAACAACAACAACAACAACCGUAACACGGCCCCAGCCGACACGCCGCCGUUCGCCUCGCACCCGCUGCUCGGCGACAUAACCGACAUCACACUCGCGUGGGCCGCGCUGCCCGCCAUACUCCUCGGCAUCCCGCAGCACGCGCCCGGCGACACGCACCUUGACCAACCACCACCACCGCCACUACGCAACAACGCAACCCACAAGCUCCGCGCAACCCACAAGCUCCGCGCAACACCCAUCACCGGCCUCGCGCGCGCAGCGCCUCCACAGGCACACCUCGCAGCCGACGCGGCCGACGUAGCCGUGCACGAGACGUUCGCGCGCGCGGCCCCGCUCGAGGGCGGCAUCAAGCCGCUCGCGUCCGCGCUGUGCGGGCUGCUGCUGGGUGCGCUGCUGGCGGGCGACGCGCUGGGGACUCCUCCCCACAGCAGGAGUAAUGCGACGACGGCGGACGACAUGGCACGGCUGUGCGCCAGCCUCGGCGGGCACCUUGACCAGGCGGCGUUCGCGUGGCCGGCGGUCGCGGACCAUGUGGGGUUGCGCGAUGACGGGAACUUGCUGUCGCCGCUGGUGGCCGCGCUGAAGGACUCCCGGAGGGCGGUGGAGGGUGUGAUUGCUGCAUGGCACAAGGCUGACGACGGUGGGCGGGAGCAUUGGCGGGUCUAUGUUGACGACUGCUUCAGGUUGGCGGCGGCGAACUUUACGUCUGCGCCGCCGUCAUCCGUGGGAAGCAGCAGCAGCGCUUUCCUGCGGCCGUGCCCGGACCCCGGCGUGCCGCAGUACAGACCCCGGCCGCCGCCGCGCGACGUGCGCGUGUUUGUCGAUAAGAUGCGGGCGGCGUGGGCGGCGUGGGACAGCGACCUGCACCCGUUCGGGCGCGGCGAGGCGCGCUUCUUCAGCCGGGUAUGUCGCCGCUCCAAUCCAACACGAGACGCAGAUCCCGACGAGGAUCCCGCGGCGUUCCCGCACCCGGCAUGCAUGCUGCUCUCGCAGUCGUACGGGUACGGCAGCCGGAUCCCGCCCGACAUGGCCCGCGCCGUGGCGGCGUUCGAGCAGUGGGCGGCGCGCUGGAAGGAUGCCGCGCUGCGCGACACGGCGACGACGGGGACGCACCGCGCGGGUGUUGUGGAUGACGGCGCUCGCUACGGCGAGCUGGUGGCCGUCGCGCGCCACCUGGCGACCGCGGCGGCGCUGGCGGACCGGUUGGGCGCCGCAGCCGCCGAGGUCGCUGCGCGGUGGCCCGAUGCGGCGCCGGAGGUGGAAAGCGAGUCGCCGCUGCUGGGGGCGUUGCGGUGGGUGUUUGGUGUAUUUGCGCCGCCGCCGCCGCCGCCGCCGCCGCCGCCGCCGCCGCCCCCAGAGCUGUCGCGCGCGGCGGCGGCAGCAGCGGUGCUCGCAGGGCGGUUGGCCAAGGCUAGGCACGGGGUACUGGCGGAGCAGCUGCGGGCGGCGGUGCAGGCGCUGGCGGUCAUGGCGCACGUGCGGGCGCGGCUGGAGGGGCUGGAGGCGGAUCUCGGGGCGCUGCAGAGCGUCGGCGGGGAGGGGUGGUUUGCCGACGAGGGGCGGCGGCGACGGCUGCCGGCGCUCGAGAUGCAGCUCGACACGCUGCGGCGGCUGGAGCGGCAGGUCGGCCGGCUCGCAGACGAGGCGCACGCUUGGCACGCCGACGUCAGCAGCGCGACGCACAGAUACCAAUGGAUCGUCGGCGCCACGGGCACCUACGCGCACACGGGCGACAGGACCAGACACAGAUGA